AUGUCGGAAGCGGGCGGAAGCGGCGAUUCCUUCUUCUCGCGGAGCUCGGGCGCGGAGCGCGGCGGCCUCUCGCUGCUGUCCGCCUCGGGCAAUGGCUUCGGGGAGGAGGGAGAGGAGGCCGAGGUGGUGGGCGAGCAGUCGCAGCGGCCGGAGAGCCCCGGGAACGAGAGCAGCAGGAGGAUGAUCCGGAACCAGUACCGGGAGCUCAUCUGCAACGUGCAGCAAAAUCGUGAGGAUAUGCUGAGUUCCAGGAGCAACAGACUGACAGAAGCUUUGGAAGAAGCCAAUGAACUGUUCAGUGGAGUUUCCUGUGCGCGAGAGGCUGUGCUGGAUGCCCAACUUCUUGUCUUAGUGUCGAAUCUAGGAAAGGAGAAGGCCAAUGAGUUGCACUCUGACAUGACAGCGUUUGAUUCAGUAGUGUUUGCAGAAGACUUGUUAACCUUCAUGGGUAUAAAUCGCAUAGAGGUAGAAGAAAAUGACAGUGAUUCUGAGGACGUUUCAGGUGGCUAUUUACCUGGUGAUGCCUGGCAUAAACUGGGAGAAGAAGCAGGAAAGUACUUCAGAAGAGCACCUUCUUUUCACUAUAUGUUGGGGUCUUUCAAGUCUGAUCCUCCUGUACCAAGGCAACGGAUUGAGAGGCAGAAGAAGGCGGCAGGAGGAGAAGAAAAACGAGCGAUGCCUGCUCAGUUAAAAAAAAUGGAGGAGUCUCAUCAGGAAGCUACAGAAAAAGAAGUAGAGAGGAUCUUGGGAUUAUUGCAAACUCAUUUUAAAAAUGAUCCUGAUACACCCAUUUCCUUCUUUGAUCUUGUGAUUGAUCCGAACUCUUUUGCACGCACUGUGGAAAACAUCUUUCAUGUGUCCUUCAUUAUAAGGGAUGGUUUUGCACAAAUAAAGCUGGAUGACGAUAAAUUGCCGAUAAUAGAGCCUUCAAAAGACAACGAGAGAAAGGAGAAUGACAAUAGUGCUGGAGCACGGAACCAGGUUGUCAUGUCUCUGAACCACCAAGAAUGGAAGGACAUUGUAGAAACAUAUGAAAUAACAGAACCCAUGAUUAGCCCUCCUUAUGAAAUAAAUGAAGAUGAAAUGAAGUCAGCUUAA